GAUGGCGGCGGUGGCGGAGAAGGAGGGUGUAGAGGCGGGAGGAGGAGGGGGAUCUGGGGGCAGCCCGGUAGGGGGUGGAGACAACCGGAGCAGUGACUCCAUCCAGCUGACGACAGCGUCCGGUGUGGAUCCGGAGUCUUCCAAUGAAAAGGAGGGUCUGGAAGGGACAGGUGAUGGUGAAACCAUGGACACGCAGACCGGCUCAGUUGAUGAAGAUAAUGGGCGCCAGCUUGGGGAGAUCGAGCUGCAGUGCGGCAUCUGCCUCAAGUGGUUUGGCGCAGACCACUUUGGAAUAGAUACUACGUCAUGUCUUCCUUUUAUGACCAACUACAGCUUUCACUGCAACAUCUGUCACCACAGCGGGAACACUUACUUCCUCCGGAAACAAGCUAACUUGAAGGAAAUGUGUCUUACUGCUCUGGCAAACCUAACGUGGCAGUCUCGUAACCGGGAUGAGCACCCAAAGACUAUGUUUUCUAAAGAUAAGGAUAUAAUUCCAUUUAUUGACAAAUACUGGGAGAGUCUGACCACCCGACAGCGACCUGGGAAAAUGACCUGGCCGAAUAGUAUCGUGAAAACUAUGACUAAGGAACGAGACGUCUUUUUAGUAAAAGAGCAUCCUGAUCCCGGCAGCAAGGAUCCAGAAGAGGACUAUCCAAAGUUUGGCCUCCUUGACCAGGACCUUGGAAGCAUUGGCCCAGCAUACGAACAGAAGCAGAACAGCGCUGUAUCCGCUGGAGGUGGAUUAAAUGGUUCUUCAGCAGCCAGCAGUUCUGCCAAAGGACGAGGAGCCAAGCGUAAGCAGCAAGACGGCAGCUCCACCAGCGCGGCCAAGAGGACGAGGAGCGACCCGCUCUUCUCAGCACAGCGCCUCCCUCCUCAUGGGUAUCCUCUGGAGCAUCCAUUUAACAAAGAUGGCUACAGAUAUAUCCUGGCGGAGCCGGACCCCCAUGCCCCCGACCCUGAGAAGCUGGAGUUAGACUGUUGGGCAGGAAAGCCCAUUCCCGGAGAUCUGUACAGAGCGUGUCUGUAUGAACGGGUUCUCCUCGCUCUACAUGACAGAGCUCCGCAGUUAAAGAUAUCUGAUGACCGACUAACUGUUUUGGGCGAGAAAGGCUAUUCCAUGGUCCGGGCGUCACACGGCGUGCGGAAGGGAUCCUGGUAUUUUGAGAUAUUUAUUGACGAGAUGCCACCGGACACGUCUGCGAGGCUUGGGUGGUCUCAGGCUUUAGGAAACCUCCAGGCUCCGCUCGGCUACGAUAAGUUCAGUUAUUCCUGGCGUAGCAAGAAAGGAACCAAGUUCCACCAGUCGAUAGGAAAACACUAUUCCGAUUCCUACGGACAGGGAGACACCCUGGGCUUCUACAUUCACCUUCCGGAUAGCACAGAGACCGCGCAGGCGCUGCCCGACACGUAUAAAGACAAGGCUUUGAUCAAAUUCAAGAGUUACCUCUAUUUUGAAGAAAAGGAUUUUGUAGACAAAGCGGAGAAGAACCUGAAGCAGACUCCAGGUAGUGAGAUUGUAUUUUAUAAGAACGGAGUCAGUCAAGGUGUCGCCUAUAAAGAUAUCUUCGAGGGCGUUUAUUUUCCGGCCGUCUCGCUGUAUAAAUGCUGCACUGUUUCUAUAAAUUUUGGGCCGUACUUCAAAUACCCUCCAAAAGAAAAGUCGUUCCGUCCUGUGAGCGACAUGGCGUGGAAGGCUGUGGUGGAGCACACUCUAGGAGAUGUCCUCUACCACGUGGAGACUGAAGUUGACGGCAGAAGAAGUCCUCCCUGGGAGCCUUAAUUUCCCCGUAUUCCCAUUGUUCACGUUUCUAGUAAUCCAAGAGCGUCACUAAACUAUAAUGGAAGCGCGGCAGAAACCCAAAGUUUUAUUUUGUAUACUUGAAUGGUCGUUGAAGUUCCUUUUCCACCUAUGCCUCGUGUCGUUACUACAUGGUCGGUCAGGCAGGGUUGAGGCUCUUUUGGGGCUCUCAGCGUUAGAUGUGUUUCCCAGGACUCUAUGCUGUCGCAGUACAAGGACUUGGCCCUCUUACCAUUCGUGAUCAUAACUCAUCGCCAGCCAAGCGACUCUGCCUUAUCAAUCGUAUCAUUCACUAAAGCAGGAGGUUGCGGGAGGCAACUUAUAGAUCCUGCAUGUAUCUAGUUACAUGUGAGCUAAUCUUGUUUUUCCUAAGAAAAGAAUUAAAAAAA